UUAAAUUUUUUUUUAUGACAUCAUUCACCUAAAAUCUCUGUCUCUCUCUUCCAAUUCCAAAUAUCACAAACCAAACAGUUCCAAAUAUCAGAAAUUCUACGGUUCUUCCAAUUCUUCUAACUUCUCAGAUCACAAGUCCACGGAGUAUACCGAACCUGAUAUAACAAGGCAGUCCUAGGAAAAUUAUGCAAAAAAUGAAUGUCUAAUAUCACUUCGGAUAGUGAUUGAUAUGGGGCAGGAGAAUCAGAGCCCCAAGGAUUCCUGUGCUGCAGACAGUAAAGUGAUCGUUGGCAAUGAGACUGAUUGUACAAGUGCAAAUGCUCAUCCUGUUAGCCUUACUCAGAUGGAAACCAAUGAUGAAUGUCAGACCUCAAAUACUUCCAAUGAAGAUCAAUUGCAUAUUGACGUUGGCAGAGGACCGCUGUGUCAAAACCCUGAUGCUACCUCUAUAUCAGUGACUGUUACUGAUGUAAAAAAUGAGGAGGAAAUAUAUGUUGCACCAAAUAUUGGCAUGGAGUUCGAAUCGGAAGACCAUGCUUACAAGUGUUAUAACAAGUAUGCUAUUCUGAAAGGUUUCAGCAUAAGAAAGGAUUUCAUCAACAAAAGUAGGAUAGAUGGUUCAGUGAUGUCCAGAAGAUUCACCUGCCAUAGACAAGGUUUUCGUCCUAACAAAGGCUAUACAAAUCCAAAGAAAUUUCAACAGGAAACAAGAACCGGUUGCUUGGCACAUUUGACUAUUUGUCGUCAGCCAAAUGGCAAGUUUCGUGUCACUAGUUUUGAAACUGAGCACAAUCACGAGUUUAUAACACCGUGUAAUGCUCAUAUGCUGCCAUCACAGAAAAAAAUGAAUUUCGCUCAAGCUCUUGAAGUGAACAUAACCGAGUCCACGUUGGAUGGAGUACCAAAACUGGGAAUGGGAUUUGAUUCCGAGGAGCAUGCAUAUGAAUUUUAUAAUACGUAUGCUGCACAAGUAGGUUUCAGUGUGAGAAAAGAUUAUGUAAAUAGGAGUAAAGUUGAUGGUGCUGUAGCAUCAAGAAGAUUUACUUGCUUCAGGGAAGGUUUUCGGCAGAAAGAGAAACGAGAUACAGAUGUAAAGAGACCUCGGAAGGAUACUAGAAUUGGAUGUUUAGCACAGCUGAUUAUUUCUCGUCAGCCUGAUGGCAGGUAUCAUGUAUCUAAUUUUGAAGAAAAACACAAUCAUGAGCUUGUGGCUGCGAGUAGAGUUCAUAUGUUACGAUCGCAGAAGAGAUUAGCUGCAACUCAAGCUGAAGACAACAUUGUUGAUGAAGGUUUUCAUGAUCUGGAUUACGACCUUGUGAAUUAUGAAUAUCAACUACCUUUCAAACGCACAAGAGAAAUACAAGAGGAAGAAGUCGAAAAGAUUAGGCACUACUUUCAAAGCAAGAAAUCAAAGGAUCCUUCUUUCUUUUAUGCUUUUCAGCAUGACGCCGAGAAUCAAAUAGCUAACAUAUUUUGGGCUGACGCAAAGAUGAAAGCAGACUACAGUGAUUUCGAUGAUGUUGUUUGUUUUGAUACGAGUUAUAAAUUUUAUAAAGACUCCCGGCCGUUCGCUCCAUUUCUUGGUAUAAAUAAUCACAGGCAAGUGCUUAUUUUUGGAGCUGCACUUCUAUACAAUGAAUCUGUGGAAUCUUUUAAAUGGCUGUUUCAUGUUUUCAUGGAGGCUAUGUCUGGAACGAAGCCAAAGACAAUCCUAAGAGAUCAAGAUGCAAUAGUAGCUGAAGCUGUUAACUCCAUACUACCUCAAACAAAUCAACGAGUUUGUGUAUGGCAUGUCUACCAAGAUGCCCUCAAGCAACUGAGUCAUAUGUUAGUUGAAUCCGAUUCUUUUGUAAAUGAUUUGAGCAGCUGCUUUUUUAAUCAUGAGGAAGAAGAGGAUUUUGUUAAUGCCUGGACUACUCUCAUGGACAUGUAUAAUCUGUGGGAAAAUGAAUGGUUGCGUCAAAUAUACGAAACCAGAGACCAAUGGGCCAUAGCAUACGAAAGACAUAUUUUUUGUGCCGACAUAGCAAGCUUACUUGUGCAAGAAAAUCUUACUGGCAACUUGAAAAAGCACCUAAAGAACGACUCAGGUGUUCUUCCAUUUCUCAAGCAUCUCGGGAAGAUGGUGACUGAUUGGCACUACAAGGAAUUAGAAGCUAAUUAUGACGCAAGCCGACAUAUGCCAGCACUAAUGGGUGAUAUCAUUACGCUAAAGCAUGCAAGAGAUCCAUACACACCAAAGAUAUUUGAGUUAUUCCAGAAAGAAUAUGAAGCAUGUCUAAAUCUAGUGCUGGAGCAUUGCAGUGAGAGUGGAUUGUUGUAUAAUUAUAAAGUUAGCGUAUAUGAACAAGUCCGAGAGUAUACAGUUACUUUCAAUUCAUCGAAUGAGACAAUCAGUUGCAGCUGUAAGAAAUUUGAGUGUGUCGGAGUCUUGUGCUGCCAUGCAUUAAAAGUUCUUGAUUAUAGAAACAUAAGGAUAGUUCCAUCCAAGUACAUCUUAAAGAGAUGGACUAAAGAUGCUAGAGUUUGAGCUUUCAGUUUUUAGAGCCAAAUUUAAACAUGUCAUUUAGAAAGGUUUUUAAUUAUGCAAGGCUCACAUGGUUGUCAUUUUUUGUGUUUCUUUUCAAUCUCAUUACUGAUACAAGGGAGCAUUUUGUUUGCUGAAAAACCUCAAGGUUGAGAGAAAAGGACAACCUAUGUAUAAUUUCAUUUGAAAUUUGUAUAUUACUAGUCUGUCUUAGCAUUCAUAUAUUUUGUGUUUGCAUUUUUUGAUGCAUAGAUUGCUUUGUCAUUUUAUAGCCCCACAACAUCUUUGUAAUUGGAAUUUAUUGAAGCCUUUUCUUGUUA